UUCAAUCUUUAGACGCGAAAGACUCAUAUUGAAAAUUCCCGUCACAUUUGAUCAAGAAUUAAAUAAUUAUGGUUUAAUAUUACCAUGCGUUACAGAUCUUAUCAAGAUAAAUAUGAAUCACCCUACAGAUAGCACUGACCAAUCAGGUGCAUUGAAAAAUAUACUACUAACCAAAAUAACUCUCAAUAAAGGUACAGAAGAUGAGCUGGAAUGCUAUGCAUAUAAGACUGAUCCAGUGAAAAACGUUAUAUUUAUAUUGUUAGUAUUACUAACAGGGGGUUUAUUAUUAUUAUUGUUAUAUUGGAAACCAGAAUUAGAAUGUUACUUAAGAAGAGGAAGAUGCCCUCUUUAUAAAGCCAAAUUUAUAUUGGUUGAGGACCAUGUAGGAGAAUAUUCAACUACGACUGUUCAAACUGGAUUGAGUGAGCAUCAACAAGGAAACUAUAGCGGUCAUAGUGUUGUUGAUAAUGAUGAAAACAGAUUUCUUAUAUCCAAUAAUGAUAUUACUUUACGUUAUUUUGAUUUUCAUAAUGUGCGUUAUAUCUGGGAUAAAAAUCAGCAUGUCUAUUGCAGACUAGGAGAUUUGUCAACAAAUGUAAAGUGUGCCGAGUUACAUGAUCAGUAUAAUGGCUUGACAUCUCUUCAACAAGCAGAACAACUAGACAUACAUGGACCAAAUGUCAUUGAUAUAAAGGUGAAAUCAUAUUGGAGAUUAUUUAUUGAAGAGGUUUUGAAUCCAUUCUAUAUAUUUCAAAUAGCCAGUAUAAUACUAUGGGCAAUAGAUGAAUAUUACUACUAUGCUGGUUGUAUUUUCUUCAUAUCACUGGUUUCCAUCUCUAUCAGUUUAUAUGAGACCAGGAAGCAAUCAGUAACAUUACGAGAUAUGGUGUCUACUGUAGUUGACAAGAUUAGUGUUUGUAGAGGUGACAAUGAAUAUGAAGAAAUCCCAUCAAGUCAGUUAGUACCAGGUGAUGUUAUAGUUAUACCUGUACAUGGUUGUGUAUUAACUUGUGAUGCUGUGUUAAUAGCUGGUACCUGUAUUGUUAAUGAGAGUAUGUUAACAGGUGAAAGUGUUCCAGUGACAAAGACAUCACUAACCCAUCAAGAUGAUCUAGAAAUCUACAGUCCUCAGAAUCAUAAACGACAUACAUUGUUUGCUGGUACACAUAUUAUACAGACUAGAUAUUACGGUCAUGCUAAAGUCAAGGCAGUGGUUGUUAGAACAGGUUAUAAUACUGCUAAAGGAGAGUUAGUAAGAGCCAUAUUGUUUCCUAAACCUCUGGGGUUUAAGUUUUAUCAAGAUGCUAUGAGAUUUAUAUUAUUUUUGGCCGUAGUAGCUUCAUGUGGUAUGGUAUAUUCUCUGGUUAUGUUGAUAAGAGAUGGGGUUUCCACUGGUCAAAUAGUAUUACGUGUAUUAGAUAUAAUUACGAUAGUUAUCCCCCCUGCUCUUCCUGCUGCCAUGACAGUUGGUACAGUCUAUGCUCAAAGUAGAUUAAAAAAGAAAGGAAUAUUUUGUAUCAGUCCACCAAGAAUUAAUUUCUGUGGAAGAAUUAAUGCUUUCUGUUUUGACAAGACUGGAACUUUAACAGAAGAUGGUUUAGAUAUGUGGGGUGUAGUUCCUGCCUUCUCUUCAAGUUUUUAUAGUCCAGAGAGAAAUGUACAUGAGAUGUCUAUGGGACCAACAUUAAUAUGUAUGGCAACAUGUCAUUCAUUAACUAUAAUUGAUGGAGAACUAACUGGUGAUCCUUUAGAUUUAAUUAUGUUUAAUUCUAUUAAUUGGAUAUUAGAGGAACCUGGUGAAGACACUAGUAAAUAUGAUACUAUCAUGCCAACAAUAGUUAAACCUUGUCAUAGAAACCAUUUCUCAGAUGAGGUAGUUGGUAUUAUUCGGCAAUUUACGUUUUCCUCCAGUAUGCAACGUAUGAGUGUUGUAACACGCUCUAUGUCUAAUAACUAUAUGGAGGUUUAUUGUAAAGGAGCACCAGAAAUAGUGGCUAGUUUAUGUAAACCAUCAACAGUUCCUGAGAACUUUCAACACAUUCUACAUAAAUAUACUGUUCAAGGCUUUAGAGUCAUUGCCCUUGCUUAUAAAACUUUAGAGCCUAGGAUAAAUUGGCAUCAAGUACAAAGAGUUUCCAGAGAUAAGAUAGAAAAAGAGUUGAUAUUUUUAGGAUUAAUGGUGUUGCAAAAUCAAUUGAAACCUCAGACAACAUCAGUCAUCAAAACAUUAAAGAAAGCUGAUAUUAGACCUGUUAUGGUCACAGGUGAUAUGAUACAGACUGCUAUCAGUGUAGCUAGAAACUGUAAUAUGGUUGGCCAACGUGAUGAGGUUGUCAUAGUAAAAGCUGUUCGACCUAGUAAAGAUACUGGAGCUUAUAUAGAAUGGGUAAAUGCAGAACUUGUGGCACCUGAAGAAACUUUUGAUCCUGAUUCUUCUGAUUCGUAUCAACCUAUUAGUUUAGGUGAAGUAGAUAGUAAAAUACAUCUAGCGAUAACAGGCGAAUCUUUCUCAGUUAUUACACAUCAUUUUCCCCAUCUUUUACCUAAAAUUUGUACUAAAGGGACAAUAUUUGCUAGAAUGGCCCCUGAUCAAAAAUAUCAACUUGUAGAGACUUUACAAAAACUAGACUAUAUAGUUGGUAUGUGUGGUGAUGGAGCUAAUGAUUGUGAGGUAAAUAUUGUCAUUAUAUAA